ACAUUUUUCAACUCAGAAUCAUGUCGACUACUCCUAUGUCCAAGAAGCGCAAGUUCGUCACCGACGGUGUCUUCCGCGCUGAGCUCAACGAGUUCCUCACCCGCGAGCUCGCUGAGGAGGGCUACUCUGGCGUCGAGGUCCGCGUCACCCCCACCCGCACUGAGAUCAUCAUCCGUGCCACCCGCACCCAGAACGUGCUCGGCGAGAAGGGCCGCCGCAUUCGCGAGCUGACCUCCGUCGUCCAGAAGCGCUUUGGCUUCCCCGAGAACUCUGUCGAGCUCUACGCCGAGAAGGUCGCCAACCGCGGCCUCUGCGCUAUUGCCCAGGCUGAGUCCCUCCGUUACAAGCUCCUCGGUGGCCUCGCCGUCCGCCGUGCCUGCUACGGUGUUCUCCGCUUCAUCAUGGAGAGCGGUGCUAAGGGCGUUGAGGUUGUCGUCUCUGGCAAGCUCCGUGGUCAGCGUGCCAAGGCCAUGAAGUUCCAGGAUGGUUUCAUGGUCCACUCUGGUUUCCCCACCACCUACUACAUCGACCGUGCCGUCCGACACGUUCUUCUCCGUCAGGGCGUUCUCGGCCUGAAGGUCAAGAUCAUGCUCGCCCAGGACCCCACUGGCCGCGCUGGUCCCAAGACCCCCCUCCCCGACAUUGUCACCAUCCUCGAGCCCAAGGAUGAGGCCCUCCCCUCUGCCCCUUCCUCCGAGAACAAGAAGACUGAGCAGCCCGCUGCCCAGGCUCCCGCCCAGGCUGCCCCCGCUGCCGAGCCCGUUCAGGCAUCUGCUUAAACAGAUUGUUUGAUUUUGGUUGUCCUUGGUUCCUUUUGUCUGUUUUGAUCGCUGCAAAACCCUUGCCGCUAUUCCAACCAGCUGCGUGCUCUUUUGUCAUUGCGAUUAGCUGUCCUCGAUUGUAGAGAAAGGAAUAUGAUACAAUCGUCCAUUCACUA